AACAACAUUUGAUAUUAUUUGGUCAAUUGAAAUUGCUAAUAUUGUACCAAGACGUACAACUGGUUGUUGUUGGUUAAAUAAUGAUGAAUGGCUUAUUACAGAUGAAUAUGAUUUUCGUCUAUUUCAUAUAUCAGCUAAUGGACAUCUUUUAAAAAGUGAUAAAUAUGAUCCAGCACCAUAUAAUGCUUUACUAUUUGGUAAAGAUGUACUUGCAAUACGAACUAUUAAAGGUGUCAGUUUACAUAGACUCUAA